UUAUCUUUGUUGUAUUUAAAUGUUUUGCAGGAACUGUGUUUGCUUAUGGUGUAACUAGCAGCGGAAAGACUCAUACAAUGCAUGGAGAGCAAAAGUCUCCCGGUAUUAUUCCACUAGCAGUGAAGGAUGUCUUUGGCAUUAUACAAGAGACACCUGGGCGGGAGUUUCUCCUUCGCGUAUCCUAUCUUGAAAUAUACAAUGAGGUCAUCAAUGAUUUGCUUGAUCCAACAGGACAGAAUCUAAGGGUACGAGAAGACGGACAGGUUUGUUUGAAUGAGUCAUAUUCAUGGCUGUCUGUGUUUUAUUUCAAAUUAUGUUAUCAUAUAAUAAACUUUCUUUAAUCUUAAUUUUAUGUGUCGGUAGUGGUUUUUUAUUCUCUAUUCAUAUGCAUUAGUUUCUUCUACUAAUUCCUUGGAGCAAGCUACUCCCUAGAAGUUGAACUUCUGUAUUUAUGAUCUGGUUAAUGGUAAAUUUACCAAACAUUUUUAAUGGAUGUCUACGCUAAAUGACACCCUAGAACAGAGGAUUUCAAUCGAAGCAAGUUUAAUUAUUUGAAGUUUUAUUUGACAUGGAUUCAGAAUAAAUGCUUAUGCUAAUCCUUCUAUUACUUGCUAUUAGGUCUGGUUCAUGUUAUAGGCAUGGUACUAAUUUCUUGUUUUAAGUGUCCCACAUUGGUUGAGAGAAUGUGUUGCUGUCCUUUAUAUAUCUUGGACAAUCCUCUCAUCGAGCUAGCUUUUGGGGUUGAGUUAGACCCAAGGUCCAUUAUAUCAAUGUUUGAUGAGCCUAUUUUCACACCAACUCUCUUUGUUCACGUUUUUUUAUCGCUCUUGGCUUCUCUCUCUCUUCUCUCAACUCAAUCCAUUAUAUGCACCCCCCCCCCCCCCAGAGGGGGGGAUCCUUAAUUUAACCCAUCAAUCCAUUAAUGUUUCUCCAAAAACACUUAUUAGCUUGUUGAGCGUAAUAUCUCUCUCUAUACUCAAGGUCCGCUCCUGUUGAACUCUUCUCUCAGCUUAAAAAAAAAAAGGAAAGUCAAAACAAAUCAAAUACAUGUGCAAAGCCUUAGAAUUGGAGCAAGGAGAGUGUUAGAGAAUGCAACACUUGUCGGUCAUCAAUUUUGUAAGGGGUUUAAAUGAUUUUGCCCUAUUCCAACCAUUGCCUUAAAAAUUUUGGUUCGAUGCGGUGACUCUUUCACAUGGUAUUAGAGCCAGAUCUAUCCUUAUUCUUGGUUUUACUCGGUUUUUAGCCCUGAUGUUAUGUUGUUCACACCUCAAAUGUUUCAACCUUGGGCGUCUGUGGGAGGGGGUAGAAAGUGUCUCGCAUUGGUUGAGAGAAUAGACUGUUGUCCGCUGUCAUGGGAAAUCCUCACUUUAUGAGUUAUGUUUUUGGUGUUGAGAUAUGCCCAAGGUCCAUUUUCUUAACACUUUGUCUAAUAAAAUCAUGUUUACAUUCCCCAAAGCCUUGGUUGUCUGUUAUUUUUUUGUAGUUUCUUGUAGAUUAACACAUCUGAUGUAGUCAGAAGCUAAAACUGAUUGGUGUAGCGGCAAAUAUAAUGGCAUUUUUGAAAAAUAAAAUAAAAAAUGAUAACGAAGUGCAGCAAGUCGAGGUGUAAUAUAGGAACAAAAAACCAUGAAAGGG